UUUGCCUUGAAUUUUAUUCCCCUGCUAUCAUUCCACUGCUUGUGUCUCUCGACUGUUGCUAAGCCCUAUAGUUGAAUUACAGGAAGGAAGAUAAGGAAAUUUGUUUUAAUUUUCAUUUAUUACACUAUUAUUGUCGAUAUAUAUAUCGAUCAGUCGGCGAAAGGCGCGACAGCAGUAGCAGCAUGCAGCAGGAGGAGAUCCCUUCAAGGUCACCCACCGAGCAAUUCUCCAUUGAAGAGGAGUGCAUCUCCAGCUCCGAUGCCGCUCGGAUCUUGAACUCGUGCGACGAAGCCGUGGUCGUCGACGAAGAUCUCUUCCCGUCGCCGGACCACCUCUCGUCCCUCGUCAGCUUGCUCCGCACAGAGGACGAUGUCUUCUCUUCCUCGUCUGCCGCGGUGAGCGCCGGAGGGUCCUCAUCCGCGCCUCCCCCCUGCUACCCGGACGAUGGCGCUUUCUCCCCCUUUAACGCUCUCGACGCGGCCGCGCUCUCUGCUCUUCUCGAUGCGCCUAUGGGGGCGCAGAUGCCGAACACCCAAGCCCCGGACGUCGACCUCCUCUCACACGCUCGCUACGCCGGCCCGUCCGCCUGCGCCUCCUCGGUGAACCUCCCGCUCAUCGGUUAUCCGCCUCCCUUCCCAGGGGAUCCUUCUCACUAUUCGUUCGAAGACGAGAUCUCGGUUGGCGAUCCGGCGACGAGCGGGUAUACGGCGGGCCGGUGUCAACCGAAUCGGCCGUGCGAGGGCGAGUACUACACCGCCGCGGUGGCCGGAAUGCAUCAGCAGCAGAAGCAGUCGUCGGGGUUCGUAGGGAUGGAGUUGGCGUCGCCGUGCUUGGCUCUGGAGGAGGGCGGCAUGGGGCCGAUGCUGUACCGGAGCUCAAUUGCCCGAGGAGAAGCGCCGAGGGGUUACUUUUUUGCGGGAGGGGGGAUGAUGAGCAUGCCGACGACAGUGCCGGAGGCCGGAUUCAUGGGACCGGCUAAUACGACCAAGUAUCAGAGGCUGGACUGUGGUUUGGGAGUGUACGGACAGGAAGUCGCGCUGCAGCAUGCCUUCGGCUCUGGUGAUUUGCAGGUAAUUGGAGGAUGCAGCCAACAUCUGAUGACUGGAACUGGCGGCAAUCCGGUGCUGCUUCCAGCGCCGGAGGUGGUCUCAUCAAUGGAUGAAUCCAGCUUCAAGGUCGGUCGUCUGUCGGUCAAGGAGAGGAAGGAGAAGAUAAAUAGAUAUCAGCAGAAGCGAAACCAAAGAAACUUUAGCAAGAAGAUCAAGUAUGCCUGUAGGAAAACUCUGGCAGACAGCCGGCCUAGAGUGCGUGGGAGAUUUGCAAAAAAUGAUGAGUUUGGUGAAGUAACAAAAACUAGCUCAAAUGACCAUGAAUUCGAAGACGAGGAAGAAAUGAUGGUGAAGGAAGAAGAUGAGAUGCUAGACUCGGAUAUCCUUCCGCACAUUAGUGGUGUGAAUUCCUUCAAUUUCCCUGUCGAAUCUUGGAUAUGAUCAGCGCUCAUAUGACUCAAUAAGUUUGGUUAUUGUUUGUCAUUUGCUGUCAUAAGCAUUCAUGAUUCAGCAGUCCAUACAGCUAAUAAAUCCUUCCAAUAAAAUGGCAUGGAGAUCAAUGUUGAUGCCAUUCUUCCCGUUGUGACUUGUACAACUUCAAAGAGAUACAAUACUCACGAAUGCAAACCUAGUUGGUGGUGAGAAAAAAAAUGUUCAGAUUAAUCAGUCUUGCCCAUGAGGUUUGUGACAUUCGUGUCAACAUGUCUGAUGUACUCAUGUACCCAAAGUAGGACCUUCCUUCUGUAUGAAUUUUUGGGAAUUGUCCUAUUCUGAACUAACCGUCUCUUUCAUCUUCA